AUGGAUACUUACCGAUACGACGAUUGUUCAUACGUUUGGAACAUUCCCACUGAAGAUCGUUGUAGAUGGGUGAAAGAAACCAAAGAUUGUUUCACGGAUUCCGUAAUUCAAUAUACGGAAAUCCUUUUUUGCUCCUUUGGUUCGGAGAACACGUUUUUAUUCACUAUAGGACUGGCGAUAAUGGUCAUAUGGCUUUUAUAUCUGUUUUUAAUUUUAGGAACUACAGCGGACAAUUUCUUCUGCCCGUCACUGGCGGUGAUAGCCAGUGUUUUGCAGCUGUCGGACAAUAUAGCCGGGGUGACGAUAUUGGCAUUCGGAAACGGUGCUCCUGACAUCUUCACGUCCCUCGUAUCGGGUACCGACGAAGGGAUAAUAAUGUUCACGGAAUUAAUCGGCGCCGGUGUCUUCGUGACGGCGAUUAUCGCCGGCUCUGUUGCGGUAGUCAAGCCCUUUCGAGUCCUGUUGAAACCCUUGAUGAGAGACGCAUGCUUUUACAUCGUUACGGUAUGCUGGAUCAGCUACGUCAUAAAAGAUGGCACGGUUCACCUUUGGGAAGCUAUCAGCUUUGUUCUUUGCUACCUAUUGUUCAUCAGCCUGGUGGUGAUAAUGCAGAUAUACGAGAACCGGGAGGAGAGGCUAAAAAGCAGGAUCCCAAGCGUACCCGAUCCAGAUAUCCUGCGCACUUACUUGGCGAACAAGGACAAGGACAUCAUUCCCAGGAUUCCCGUAAAGGGUCGUGCCGUUAGGUUGCGAACUAAGAUGGAUAUUGCAAUUGCGGUCGAGCUGGAGAAAGAACAGAGGCAAAACAGAACAACACUGCCAGAAGAGAUGGUGGUAGAAGACGUCGACAGGCCAAAGGGACUUUUCAAGGAAUUUCUCUAUGACAUUAAUCCGAUAGGAGAAGAAGAUUGGACAAGUGCAAAUCGAUUCGUUAAAUUUAUUUUAAUCAUACGUUCGCCCGUCAUGCUUCUUCUUCAAUUAUUUAUUCCGCUUGUGAACAUGACUACGGUAAAGAGAGGUUGGACCAAGUUGCUAAAUUGCUUCCAGCUGUGUGUGACACCGACGUUGUCGUUGUUUCUAUUAAACGUAGUUAAAAAUAUCUUCGGUCAGCUAUCACGACUGCCAUCUCAUUUUCACCCUCGUUCCGUAGUUUGGAAAACACAUUUUGGCCCGGUUUCAGUGGUGCCAAUAUUCCUGGUGGUCGGUACCGUAAUUGGUGUAAUUGUAUUUCUAAUGACCCACGUGGAUCGCGUACCAAAGUUUCAUAACGCUUUUGCAUUUUUCGGAUUCUUGGCUGCUAUGCUGACGGUCUAUUUGGUAGCCGGGGAGGUGAUGGCAGUCCUCCAAUGCGUAGGAUACGCUUUCAGUAUAUCGGACGCCAUGCUCGGUAUUACGUUCCUCGCGUGGGGAAACAGCGUAGGUGAUCUCAUAUCGAACGUCGCCAUAGCUAGACAAGGAUUUCCACGAAUGGGAUAUGCAGCUUGCUUUGGCGGACCGAUGUUCAAUACACUCUUGGGAUUGGGACUAACUUACGGAAUGGCAGCCAGCAAACACCCAGAGCAUCGUACAAACAUGAGAAUGAGCGAUAUGGCGCCUGGUUGUUUGGCUUUCCUUCUGUGCUCAUUAAUAACGUCUAUUAUUUACUUAAACAUUACCGGGUCUAUAGCACGAAAAUCAUACGGCUAUCUCUUAUAUACUAUAUAUUUCACGUUUAUUCUCAUUCAGUUCCUCAGCGAAUUCAAAGCGAUUCAUCCACUCGGUACCGAUCAUCGACCGUAACUAGAAUCGGAUAAAAUUCUUAAUGAGUAACUUGAAUCGCAUUUGCACGGUAAUGCUGAGACAAAUACGCGAAAAAUAAAUAAUACGUACAUAUAAUAUCGACUAUCUUUAUAAAAGAGCAGAUUACAGGAAAAGAACCCGAUUAUUUCUUCCGAAAGUAUAGUUUCAAAAUUUAAAUACGUUGUCUCAGUCCAUUCUAUAUUAGCGAAAUUGUUUUUGUAUUUAAUUUUGGAACUAAACGUAUAUUGUUUCACCUACUUCAUAAUUUUAAUGAUAUCGCUUGUCAUGAUGUUAAAAUAUGGAAGAUAUUCAAAUAUAUUUAUCUUAAUAGUCGUACAUUUUUUUCAAAAUUUUGUUAUAAAUUAAAAGUUACAUUUAAAAGGCUUAUAUGCAUGUGAUAGGUUGUUUUUGUCUUCAACUAUAUCAUAUCAAAAUACUAUUUUUUAAUCAGAAAAUGACAUUAAAAUCAGAAAGUCGACAGAAAUGUUCUGGUUUCUUUUUCUUGUAAUCUUCAAGUAGAAAGUAAGUAUGUUGAUUUAAAUUAAACCAUAUAUUUAUUAUAUCUUGCAGUGUAAAUGUUAAUACUUUUAUACUGUAGGCUGUAUUUACGUUAAUAUUAUGAGAACUAAAUAUUUUAUUCUAAACUGAAGUAUGUUUAUAGUUAAAUUCGCUAAAAAUUUAUGUACAUCGCCAUGACUUUCAUUUAUUAUUCGGAAAUGAAAAUUAAAUUUCAAUUAACCAAAUUUUAACUCAAUCUACUAGUAACGACAAGAAUUUGUAUUAUAUGGAAAUGAUAGAAUGCCUAUAAAACAUUAUA